CGGGCUCACUGCAAGUCGAGCGGGGACGACUGCGCAAACUCCCUCCCUUUACGUCAUGACGUAGACGAGUUCGGUUUCCGACGAGCCGAAAAUGGCGGAGUACCUGGCGUCCAUUUUCGGCACAGAGAAAGACAAGGUCAAUUGUUCCUUCUAUUUUAAAAUCGGAGCUUGCAGACAUGGGGACCGUUGCUCGAGAUUGCACAACAAACCAACCUUCAGCCAGACCAUCCUGAUCCAGAACAUCUACCGCAAUCCUCAGAACAGCGCGCAGACGGCGGACGCGUCGCGCUGUGCCGUCAGCGAUGUGGAAAUGCAGGAGCACUACGACGAGUUCUUCGAGGAGGUGUUCACAGAGAUGGAGGAGAAGUACGGAGAAGUGGAGGAGAUGAACGUGUGCGAUAACUUAGGCGACCACCUUGUCGGCAAUGUCUACGUUAAGUUUCGCCGCGAGGAGGACGCAGAGAAAGCGGUUAUGGACCUGAACAACCGCUGGUUCAACGCUCAACCCAUCCACGCAGAGCUCUCCCCCGUCACUGACUUCAGGGAAGCCUGCUGCCGUCAGUAUGAAAUGGGAGAGUGCACCCGCGGUGGCUUCUGCAACUUCAUGCACCUGAAACCCAUAUCACGAGAGCUUCGACGGGAGCUGUACGGACGCCGCAGGAAAAGGCACCGCUCCCGCUCGCGUUCCAGAGAACGACGCUCCCGCUCCAGGGACCGACGGAGGGACCGCGAGCGGCGGAGGUCGAGGGACCGGGAGCGCUCCGGAAGAUUCUAAAGGAACAACCGACCCACCCGAUCCCCUCCCUCUUAACCCGGCAGUGACGACAAAGUUAUUUUCUUUUCAGUAAAUUGUUGGAAGUGUUUUUUUUUUUUCUUUUUUUUUUUUUUCCUUUUAUUCCCUUUUUUUAAGACAAGCUUGUGUUGCUUUCUCAAUAAAACAGAUUUGUAACUCUG